UUGAAAGUCUGAAGCCGAAACAGAUGCAGGACUAUUGCUCACUCUGACCAACUAACAUUCUUUCUCUUUUUGGACUCCUGUGCUUUUUGACAGUGAGGAAUGACAGCACAGUCAGCAGUUAUAAUGACAGCUGCAUAGUGAAACAGCAUUCUUUCUAAAGGGGAGAUUUAGAGAAAUCCAGCAAAGUAUGAGAGGAAUGAAUUGAGUUGGGGAGAACUGGCAGUAACAGAGAGGUCGGUCCCCAGCCCGCUCUCUGUGCUCUGCUGUCAUGAGACGGACUGCUGCGUCCAGAUAGGCAGGGACAUAGGUCAAUGUGCAACAUGGGUAACACACUUAGCCAAGAAGACAUCUCCCCUGCUGAGCUGGAUGCUCUUUGGAGGGAACCGCCAUAUGGUCUUGGAGGAACAAAUGAACACUUCUCAGCCAAUUGUAUCAUGACUCAAGGUGAGGAAGAGGAAGGUCCAAUUGGAGAUUCGGGAGAAGAAGAGGAACAUGACAGCUACUGGAAGAAGAAAGAGGCCUUCCUUAGAGGAAGUAAAGUUUCAGUUGGAGAGAAAUUCUCCUCAGAAAUUGUGCUCUUGUUUACUGGGCGGAGGCGCUCCAGUAAUUUUCCAGACCUGUCCCUACAGGAGGCGCUGCGCACACGACUCCGAGUGGUAGAGAGCAACAGCAAAGACAUCACGCAGCUCUUCAAAGACCUGUCUGCUCGUCUAGUUUCUGUUCAUGCUGAGGAGGAUAGCUUUGUGCUAACAUUCAAGACUGUGGAGGAGAUCUGGAAGUUUUCAACUUACCUCUCAUUAGGUUAUGUUGCUAGAUGCUUGGAGAACUUCCUGUGCGAUCAGUCCUUCUGGCUGGACCCAGAGCUGCUUAGUGAGUUGGAGAUCAAUGUCACUGUGGAUGAAGAGCAUCUAGCCACCCUCUAUCUGGGACUUCUGCUCCAAGAAGGAUCUUUUUUUGCUAAGGCGCUGUUCACCAGAAGUGAGGAGGAUGAAGACAAUGAAGAGCAGCUGUCAUUUAAAAAGAAUGACCUGCUGGUUGUGAGGGACACGGGGCAGGACAGCAUGUGGGAAGCCACUAUGCUCUCCACGGGGAGCCACGGUCAGGUCCCGGUCAAUGCUAUGCAGCCGCUGCCCUACCCUUUCUACCAGUGGUUCCUCAGGAAGUAUCCAGGCCAUGCUGGAUGCUCAUCAGUAGAAAAGGAACUGUUUGAAAAUGCAAUUGUGACCGGUUCGUGUGAAGCCAUUGUUGACUACAAUCCAACAAGUCCAGAUGAGCUCCAGCUGAACCAAGGUGACACUGUGGAGAUCCAGGGUUUGCUGCUCCGGGGGCUUGCCAUCUUCAUAGGAAAACACACAUCCACAGGACUCACUGGAUUUGUUCACAGGGCCCAUGUCAAGCCUCUGAACACCAUACCCCUAGGCAGACAAUUGGUCUUUCUCGCUGAAGAGGAGAAGGCCAGCCUGGCUCAGGUUAACCCAUAUAGCUCAGAGCCAAGAGACAGCUGCCUGCUGGAAAGACUCUUCUCCUCAGACAUCAGCUCUGUGUACAGACUAGACAGAUUGGAUGAGGGUGACUUCAUGUAUAUACGGAAUCAGCCAAAGCAUGAUUUUAAGGGUCUUUCAAGCGCCCGUCAGAGCCUCAUGUCCGAAAGAAGUGAAGGCGCAACGCUGUAUCAGUCCUCCCCUCAUGCCUCUGUGUCUUUCUCCUCGCCACGCAUGUCCCUCCAUCAGUCCCACAAUCCUCUACCACAAGAGGGAGAGUGCCUCUCCUUCAAUCUCGAGGACACGUUUAAAGAGCUGGAUGAGUUUCAGGAGGAUCCCCCUCUCUUCAUGGAAGAGAACAGCUGGGAGGGUGAGGAGUCAGAGCUGAGUGACCCAACACUGACUCUGUUUAACCACAAACACUUUCAGGAGGACUUCCUGCCCCUGUAUGACCUACACUGUUCCUUCCUGUGGGUGACUUUCAGUGGGAAGACUGAGGAUGAGCUGACCGGACAUCUAGAGAGCGUCAGGGAGUGUGCCAAGAGACUAGGCAUGCACUGGGCACAUCGGCGUGCAUGCUUUGUCCUGGGCAGACUUUGCGCCAGAAAGCUUAAGUUCUCACAGGCACGUGUAUACUAUGAAGAAGCUCUGAGUGUCUGCAUUGACAGCUUCUCUGAUGUACCACUCCUUGUGGCUCUCUUAACAAACCUCACUGCUAUCUACCUGAAGCAGCGUAUGAUUGAUAAACUGCCCCAAACUCUGGAGAAGGCCAGUGCCCUGCUACUCUGUCUUCCCUGCCAUAUAUUCACAUCCACAGAUGAAGUUGAACUGCUGAAGCUUCUCCUGAGGAGAUCCAUUGUAUUGGGAGACAAACCUUUGGAGGCUCGUGUCUGCUACCUCAUCUCUAGCCUCUUCUUACUUCUUAAAAAGACUGAAGAUGCACUACCUUUCUUUGAACGACUUCAGUUUCUUUCGGUGACACAUUUUGCCACUGAAGGGGGGCCUAUAGCACCUUUAGACCUCAACUGGCUCUUGAGUUGGCUCUAUCAUCGUAAAUACAUGCCUCAUUUAGCACUAGCCUCCCUAAGCCUGGACUCAAGAGAGGACCAUUCACUUCAUGAUGCUUUUCAGAGGAUCGAGUUGUUCAUCAGGAACUCUGUCCGUCUGAAUCCAAGCUGGAGGGAAGGAACUUCCCUUCUCCCCGCUCAGAUAGUGGUUUACCUGCAACAGGCCCUGGCUAUAGCUGAGCAGGGUGAUGAUAUAAAGAUGCAGAGGGAUCUUUGUUUGGGUUUGGCAUUGACCUACCAGCAGUAUGGUGCACUGGAUAAAGCAGUACACUGUGCUCAACAAGCUGUGGAGACAGGAAGCCAUAUCAAUGAGGAGGAUGUCUUUGAGGCUUCAGUGCUACUUGGCUGGCUGCUGGUGUUGAUAGGUCAGGCUGAGAGGGCUCACUGUAUGUUACAACCACUGCUCACAUCACUGCAGAGCACCGAUAGCCCUACUCAGAGAGGAGUCAUCCAUAACCUCUUAGCCUUGUGCCUGAGGUAUCAGGGUCGGGUCCGAGAGGCAGGCUGGCAUCUCCACUGUGCCCUGGUAAUCUCCAAAGAGAGUGGAAACCAAAGGAAUCAGGCUCUGGCACUGGCUAACCUGGGCUGCCUGGCACUGGAUGCUGGGGCAUCACUCCUUGCAGAGCGCUUCCUGGUUAAGUCUCUGUGCCUUUUUCUGGAUCUUUGGGAGAGUCCAACUGAUGAGGAACAUGUUCAGACCUAUCUUUGGCUCGGGCGUAGCUACAAGGACAGGGGGAAGAGUCAGGACAUCAGGGCAUGCUAUGAAAUGGGGCUGCUAAUUGCACUGCAUGCCAGAAAUUUGCACAGUCAGAUGGUAGUAGCCAAGCUUCUGAGUCGGCUUUAUGCCGACAUGCUGCUCUAUGGUCAGAGUAUUGUAUACUAUGAGCACUGCGUCUCAGUGUCCAGAGAUCUGAAGGACAAGAGACGGGAGGGAGAGUAUCUGGAAAAGCUCAGCAGCCUCUACCUCUCACUCAACACAGAAAAAUCGUCUCGUAAAUCUCUUGACUAUACCAAGCAGAGUCUGAGGAUUUCUAUUGACCUGGGCAAGAGAGAGGAAGAGUCAGAGACCUGGCUGCAGGUGGGACGAAUCUAUUACCUCAUCCAGGAGGACGAGCUGGCUGACAUGUACCUCCAGGCAGCAGUGAAAACAGCCCUAAGGAUGAAUGACCCUCAUUUUGCAAUGAACAUCUAUGAGGAGGCAGGUGAUGUUUACUUUAAAGGCCACAGGAACCGGAUGGCUUCAGAGCUUUUCUACAGGGAUGGUAGUCUGCCAUUUGCACGGAGCAUAAAAGACCUCCAUUCAGAGUUCCGGUUGUUAAGUAAAUUAACAGAGCUGUUAAUGAACCAAGGAGAGCAGGAGGAAGCUCUGCAGUAUGCAACACUGGCUGUUCAAAUUGCUAAUCAAACAGGAGUUCGUGAAAAUGAGAGGACUGCUUAUCAUCGCUUGGCCACAAUUUAUUACAGCCUGCAGCAGUAUGAGAUGGCAGAAAACUACUACCUGAAGUCCCUAUCCCUGUGUCUGCCUACUCUGCAGCACCCCACAGAGGCGCGCUACUACACUAAACUCUAUUGCAGACUGGGAAACCUUACAUUGCACAAACUCAAGGAUGCUUUUGAUGCAGUGGGGUACUUCCAUUUGGCACUGGCAGCUGCUCUUGCGGACCAAACUAACCCUGAAGCUCUGUAUGUGGUGUACAUGAAAUUGGCGGAGAUCCAUGGAAACCAAAUGCCUGAUGCUCAGUUAUGCCAAUUUUACAGAGACAGAGCUCAGAGUUUGAAGAAAGUUUUGGCCGGGGUAAAAAGCUCUGCAGAUCCUAACCAAAAAAGGACGAAUUCACUGAAUGUUGAUUUUGGACAUAGAGAAGGUUUGCUUGAGAGACAUUCUAGUUUUGAUUUUGUACAUGAAGAUGAGAGGUUUGAAGAUAAUACAGCAGCAAGAGCUCAUGUGGUCCACACAGAUGCUGAAGAAAUAUUGGCAGACAUGAAUCUUGAAGGAGAUUAUGGCCAGAAGGAUCAUAGUCACUGCCUUGCUAAGACAGAGAGUUUCUAUGUAGAUGUUUCUGGCUCAGAGACGGACACCCUUGCGAGCCAUUCAUAUAGUGACAGUGUCAUAACAGGGUCCUUUGAUACGGCUAAGGAGCACAUUUCAGACUCCAGCAGCUCCACUGAAAUUUACCAGAAUCCAGCUGAACGAAAGGAUUCAGAAUUAGAUUCUGACCAGAGCAUGCCGAGUCAAAUACCGGCAAAUCCUACAAGUGAUCUCACCGGACACACAAACGCCAGAGACAUGGAUUCAGAUAUUCAAGAUGAACAAAAUACACCCACUAAAGAAAAUGGAUGCUCACCCUCAAAUAGACUAUGAUGCUGGACAGAAGGAUACUGUCACCAUGAAUAAUGAUAAAGCUAUAAGUAGGGAUAAAGCUUGGAGACACACAGAAGAAAAUAAAUGUUGACGCACACAGUAAGCACAAAUGUCGACACACAGCAUUCCAAAGACACUUCCCUUUCUCCGGCCACAUGUGUUGUUGCCAGAAAACUGAUCGAAACGUUCCAGCCGAAUGGCAGUUUUAAUUUUAACAUGUCAAUAUUGUAAAUCAAUCAAAGCAUGGCCUUCUUCCCUAAUAUAAACUGCAGGUAUUACAGUGCACUCUAUAUGUAACAUAUGUUUUCUACAUUGCUGUGUAACGUAAACAUUAAAACAAUCUUAUUUUG